AUGGCUCCGGGUGGGGAAUACGUUUUGAGGAUAAACGUAGCGCAUGUCAUUCUCGGUUUAAUAGCACUCGCCCUGAAUGCCACAGCUUUUGGCGCCCCCUACUGGUUUGGUUUGGGCAUCGAAGGAUCUGCGGUAUUCAACGCUGGUGUAUGGAUGUUUUGCUCGGAACCUGCAGAUGGAUGGCGCAAAUGUGAAUUCUCAGGAAAUAUAAUUGAAUAUGACUGGUUUAAAGGCUUUCAGUCGAUGAUGGCAAUCGGAUUUUUGAUGUCUCUGCCUGCGUUUUUCGUGUUGCUGGUAUACGUAUGCAGAUCACAGGCUCAGAAUAGGAAGUCCACAAUAGCCGCCUUUCUUUUAAACACGGCAACAGCUGUAUUUAACAUCAUUGGCAUCGCUAUAUUCGCUAACAGCAUGGCGAUGGGAUUUGGAAUUCCUGGGAUUUCGUUCCAGGUGUUUUCCUACACCUGGGCGUUCUAUCUUGUCUGUGUGGCGUCAGGACUUUACGUUCUUCUGGCCAUUUUUCUGGCUGUUGGGUUAAUCGUCUCUUAGCCCACGGUGUUCAUCUGGACGAUUGUCUCCCUUGAUUUUAGGUGCGGACUCACGGAAAUCACAUUGGAAACAUUUACGCUAAUCCUUAGAAUGCUUGUUUCCUGAUCAACACAUCAGUAUGUUUACUACACGACAUCAAUCAUCCUUAGUAGUAAUAUACGUGUGUGAAAAUAUUUUUACUCCCAACAUCGAAUAUUUUCAUGUCGCCUGAAUUCACCACACUAAUUUUGGCGGAGAGGUUGGGACGUCCGUGGUUUAACCAAAGAGAUUCGGAUCAGGCCUCAGAUGUUACAAAUAUCAGUCUUGAUUCUUCAUUAGUUCUCUGUAUUUUUAUCUGGCACAUGUACCUAUUGAUAGGACCGGAGUUAAUAUAUUGUAAUAGGCUAUCAACUCAUCGGGCCUAUAUCACAGUACUGUGAGCUAGUGUGUGUUGAAGCUGGUCGGCACGAUGUGCUGUGACUCAGUGUAUAGGCUAUCAAGGGAACGGGUGGAAGUCAGUGUACUGUGACUCUGUAUAUAGGCUUACUACUAGUCGGCACGGUAUCGAUACACUGUG